AUGGACAAUACUGAAACAGCACAAGAAACGCCGGCUCAUCAUAAAUGGAUGUUAGAAGCAUUGAAAUUAGCACGUCAAGCAUUAGAAAAACAAGAAGUACCAGUUGGCUGCGUUAUUGUACAUAAUGAGAAGAUAAUAGCCGAUGGAAAAAACGAACCGGUGCAAGCGAGGAAUGCAACAAGAUAUGCAGAAAUAUGUGCAGUUGAUAAAAUCAUUGAUUCUUACAAAACGAAUUUACAAGAAGGCUUGAAAAUUUUAUCAGAAUCAACAUUAUCUGUAACAUGUGAACCGUGUAUGAUGUGUGCGGGUGCAUUACGCUUACUUGGUUUGAAAAAUGUUUAUUACGGAUGUUCAAAUGAUCGUUUUGGUGGAUGUGGCUCCGUACUAAAUGUUGCAACAGAUGUGAUUGAGAAUUACGGACAAGAACUCAAAUGUAUCGGUGGUAUUGAAAGUGAAGAAGGAAUGAGAUUCUUAAAAAGAUUUUAUACAAAUACAAACGGAAAUGCACCUCAACCAAUUCAGAAAAAUAAACGCAUAAAACAGACUGUUGCUGUUCAUCCAACAGAACCUGUCUCUUAG